AUGCGCGCACGUGGUUCACGUCGCUCUGCACCGGUGCAGUCACAACCUUAUAGCCAACCUAACCUUUUAUAAACAAUCAGUUGGUUUACGAUAACAUGUUCUCCGUUGAUCGAUAACCAAUAAUGGAAUCGCAAUUUAAGACAAUCCAUCCAGCAAAGUAUCUUCGAGAUCAUUUUGCCUCAAACACAAGGCCUGAUGGCAGAGAGUUUAUAUCGUUUCGUCCAGUGAGUGUCAACAUUGGAUCAAUCACUCAAGCUGAUAGUUCAGCUGUUUUCAAAAUAGGAAACACAUCCGUAGUCUGUGGGAUUAAAGCUGAACUAGCUUCUCCUAAAGCAGAAACACCUGAUUGUGGCUUUAUUAUUCCAAACGUUGAUUUGUCGCCAUUGUCAUCAUCAAAAUUUAGGCCUGGACCUCCGGGUGAAGAGACACAAUGCGCUACAAAACUUGUUGAGAGAAUACUAGUGAACUCAGAGGCUGUCGACUUAAAAGAUCUUUGUAUACACAAGGACAAACUGGUCUGGGUUUUAUAUUGUGAUCUUAUUUGUAUAGAUUAUGAUGGUUCAGUAAUUGAUGCAUGUAUUGGAGCUUUGGUAGCAGCAUUUAAGAUUUUAACAUUGCCUGUAGUGGAAUACACUAUUGAAACAGGGGCUACAAAAGUUGACGACAAAAACAGAAUCAGUGUACCACUGAGACAACUACCUGCUAGUACUACCUUUGCUAUCUUUGAUAAUCAACUACUUAUUACGGACCCAACUGAAGAUGAAGAGAAGCUGGCUCUCAGCACAUUGACCAUAGUAUUUAAUGAAAAAAGCAUGUGCAUGGUACAUAAAAGUGGUGGAAUCCCAAUGUCACAAAAACUGUUAAGUAAAUGUGUGUCUAAAGCCAAAAGUCGUGGAGAACAAGUAAGGAAACUUAUAUUAACAGCUGCUUCAACAGUUAAAAGUUCUGUUAGUUAAUAAAUACUUUUUUAAUGAAUAAAUCAUAUUUUUUAUACUUUUUGAAAUCACACAUUUUAUAUUUAUAAAAAGUUUACAAAGCAGUCAUUACAUUGUAUAAAGUGCAAGUGUACAUCAGAGGUAACUCAAAAGAACUUUUUCAAAAUAUAUAUUUACUCCUUAGUAUA